CGGCAACGUUUUCCCAGAUGAAGCAGGCAAAGUAGAGCAUAGAGGACAUAUACACUGAGCCAGCUUUCCUCUGGACACUCCCCAUCUCCUGAGCCCAGUGCUUGGCUAGUGGUCUCGGGACACUCCCUAAGCGUCCAUAGAUCUGGAGCUUUCUACUGGGCCUGCUACCCCCACCAGACCCCUAUCUCUUUUGGGUGGCCAGCUAUCUUUGACACUUCCUAAUCCUGGUCUGGAGCCUUUUCCUGUUGUCUUUUCCUGGAUAUCUCUCACCAAACAUCCCCAAUCUAUUCUGGAGCUCUUCACAGCAGUGGCAGCCCCAGCGGGGCCAGGGCAAAGACCCGAGGGAGAGGUCUACAAUUUGGAAAUUCCCACGGGCAUGUGUCAAAGCUAGCAAUGGAAUCUCCCCAAAGCUUGUUUGCCCAGGGUGACGAGGACCUCCAGGUGAUGAAGGCGGGGGCAAUGUUGAGGAAGGUCAAGUCUCGCUCUUGGAAGAAGCAGCGGCACUUCCGCCUGCAGGAGGAUGGCCAGACCAUCUGGUACAAGUCCAGGUGGGCAGGGACAGGCCACUCCACCUUCUCUGUGGCUGACGUGGAUGUGGUGCGUGAGGGUCACCAGUCGGAGAUCCUGCUGAGUAUCGCUGAUGAGUUCCCCGCUGACCUCUGUUUCACCCUGGUGUUCCGUGGUCGCCGCAGCAACUUGGACCUGGUGGCGGAGUCACCGUCCGAGGCGCAGGUCUGGAUCCGGGGUGUCCGCAAACUGAUCCAGAACACUAAGAGCAUGAAUGACAAGGAGAGGCUCGACCAGUGGAUCUGGGACUGGUUUCAAAAGGCGGAUAAAAACAAAGAUGGACGGAUGAACUUCAAGGAGGUGCGCACACUGCUGAAGAUGAUGAACGUGGACAUGAAUGAAGAGUACGCUCUUCGCCUUUUCACGAUGGCUGAUAACUCAGAGUCCGGUUGUCUGGAGAACGAGGAGUUUGUCCAGUUCUAUAAGAUGCUGACGGAGAGGGAGGAUGUGUGGCGGGUGUUCCAGGACUAUUCUCGGGACGGACAGAUAUUAACCCUCGCUGAGCUGGAGGACUUCCUGAAGCAGGAGCAGCAGGAGGGGGAGAGGAGUCUGGAGCACGCCCAAGAGUUGAUUGACCGCUAUGAACCCUCAGAGAACGCCAAGAAACACGGGGCCAUGUCUAUAGACGGCUUCCAGAUGUACCUGGUCUCUCCGGAGGGCGCCAUCUUGGAUCCCCAGCUGCUGGCCCUGCACCAGGACAUGAGCCAGCCCCUCAGCCACUACUUCAUCUGCUCCUCCCACAACACCUACCUAAUGGAUGACCAGCUCCGAGGACAGAGCAGCCAGGAGGCCUACAUCCAGGCUCUGAAGCGUGGCUGUCGUUGCGUCGAGGUGGACUGUUGGGAUGGGCCAAAUGGAGAGCCGGUUGUUUAUCACGGCCACACCUUCACGUCCAAGAUACUUUUCAGAGACGUCAUCACCACACUGGCGGAGUACGCCUUCAAGGUGUCUGAGUUUCCUGUCAUCCUGUCCCUGGAGAACCACUGCAGCAUGGAGCAGCAGAGGGUAAUGGCCCAGCUCCUGGACACCAUCCUGGGGGACACACUGCUCAGGGCCCCCCUCGACAGACUGGUUCCCCAAGAGCUGCCCUCUCCUCAGGAUCUGAAGGGAAAGGUCCUGCUGAAAGCGAAGAAGAUUGGCGGCGUAGAAGAAAGUGAAACGCUGACCGAUGAGGUCACUGAUGAGGUCAGCGACGAAGAUGAGGCUGACCCUAAGAGCAUGUCUGCAGAGGCCCUUCGUCUCAAUGAUAAGAAAUCCAAGUUCUCCAGGGAACUAUCGGAUCUGGUCGUGUACUGUAAGAGUGUUCAUUUCCACAGCUUUGAGUACUCUCGCCUGCACUCCAAGUGCUACGAGAUGUCCUCCUUCUCUGAGUCCAAGGCCAGGAAACUUGCAAAGGACACAGGGGCAGAGUUUGUGUGCCACAACAGCAGACAGCUGAGCAGGGUCUACCCCAGUGGCAUGAGGACCGACUCCUCCAACUACAACCCACAGGAGCUGUGGAACGUAGGCUGUCAGAUAGUGGCUCUGAACUUCCAGACAGCUGGGCCAGAGAUGGAUCUGAACGAUGGGCUCUUCAGUCAGAACGGCUGCUGCGGCUACGUCCUCAAACCUGACUUCAUGAGGAAUGAUGACUCUUUUGAUCCAGAGAGACCCCAGGACCGGAAUGGUUACACAUCACUCCGCCUGUCUAUCCAGGUGAUCAGUGGGCAGCAGCUACCAAAGGUGAACCACAAGGAGGGCUCUAUCGUUGACCCUCUGGUUAGAGUGGAGAUCUACGGAGUAUUUCAGGACCAAGCCAAGCAAGAAACUAGUUACAUUGACAACAACGGUUUUAACCCUCUGUGGAAUGAGACCCUCAAUUUUAUCGUCCAUGUCCCUGAGUUGGCCCUGGUGCGUUUUGUGGUGGAGGACUAUGACAAGUCCUCCAGGAACGACUUCAUGGGCCAGUUCACUGUGCCCUUCACCUGUAUUCAGCCAGGAUAUCGCCAUAUCCACCUUCUGUCCAAAGAUGGGACGGCAAUCCCUCUGUCUUCUCUGUUUGUCAACAUCAAGAUCUCCGAGCUAACAACAGAAGUCUGAUGGCCCAAGGAUUGGCUGAAUAACAUGCCGCAAACACCAACCACAUGGGAGGGUUACAAUAAUACUGUUAUCGGUUUUUAAAGCUAAAUCUAUAUGCCCAAUGAACUGCUUUAGAUCAUUUCUGCUUAAAUAGCAGUUUCUGUUCAAGCAACAUCAGCGGGGCCUCACACUGAUGAAAGACAAAAAACCACUUGUCUCAUGGCCUAGACAGCCUUACCUGGGAAUUCUCAGCAUUUUAGGGAUUUUUUUGCUAUUUCCCCAAUAUAUAAUCUUUUAAAAUAAUCAGACUUUAAAAAAAACCUUUAAUGCCAUGGAAGUGCGUCAAAUCAUAUAGUGGUCCACGUUUGACGCCCACGCAUAUAACUGAGAUGAAAUCAAUGAAGAAAUGCUUGAGCCCAAUGUUAGCUUCUUUGACAUGGCACAUUCAAUAGCUCUUGGCUCAUCAAACUGAUGCAAGGACUGACAUAUUACAGGGUUCAAAGGUCAUUUUAGAGUAACAGUGUUUGCAAUGGCCUCUUUUUUUUAAAAUCCGUUUUAUAACCAUCCAUGUAUUCAACAUUUGCACUGUGUGCUGGUAGAGUAGCUUAAUUGUAUAAACAAUUAUUCCUCCAUCUAAACAUUUCAAUAGAUAUUCUUUACAGUUCUUCAAAGUGUGGCAUGAAACUAUAUCUAUUAUCUAAAGAAUCGUGUUGUAAAAGUAUUAAACUGUAAAGUAUUUAUGUGCAUAGAGCUCUGUAAAUAAAGAGAAAUGGAAGACCUGUCUUUAAAAAACGA